AUGGCAGCCAAGUACUCUCGUCGACCCAGCUACCUCGACGGCCCACUCUCCCCUUCCAUCAUUCCCGAACUCGCAAUCCUACCUAAACCCCUCCCUGCCGACAAGGUUCCCUGUGGACAACUUGUCUCAAAGACGUCAAAGUUCACACCCAAAGUCCUCGAAGACCGCGACUACGACGACAUCGGCACGCGAUGGUACAAGGAUGUCAUCUUCUUCGACGCAGAGAACGGAGACUUCGUCGAGAGCUUCGGUGGCACGCAUCUAGUGCAGAAACCACUUGACAAAGGCACAGAGGCUGGAACAAUCGAGGCAGAAGAACAGAGCGUGAGGCUGCUAAAGGACGCUGAUGCAGCACUCCAGAAAGUGUGGCAAGAUGAGGAAGCUAGGAAGUGGAUCAAGGAGCAAGAUGAGGCUGGUUUCGUAGUCGCCCAGCGCCAGGUCUCCAACGCGAGCUAUAAGCGUGCUAGGCUUAUCGACAUUGGUAACAACAAUUGGGAAGUUGUACGCGAGGUUGGCAAUGAAGACGCUGCGGGUAAACGCAGGGACUCUGGCUUGCCUGUUGAGACGAACAGCAAGUGGGAUGUAGUGGGAGUAGUGGUUAGGAAGAUUAUCGUUGAGGGCGAUGAUGUGAAGCUUGGAGACGAGCUGGGAGCUCAAUACUGGAAGUAG